GAGACGGGGUGUAGGCCUACGAACAAUGGCGAUAAAACCGUCGUUUUUAGAAGAGGAGCUCCUCUGUUCUGUGUGCUGUGACACCUUCAAUGACCCUGUUGUUCUACAGUGUAGCCACAGCUUUUGUGACGACUGCCUGCAGCGAUGCUGGAAAGAGAAGAGAAGUCGAGAGUGUCCCGUCUGUAGAAGGAAGUCAUCCGUUCCCAAGCCUCCAGUUAAUCUGGCUUUAAAGAACAUCGUGGAGUUGUAUUUAAAACAGAAAACCCAGAGCGAAGCCGAAGUCUUUUGCCGUCUUCACGGAGAGAAACUUCUUCUUUUCUGUGAGGAUGACGACGAGCCUCUUUGCGUCGUGUGUCAGACUUCAAAAAAGCACAGAAAUCAUCAGCUCUGUCCAGUGGAAGAGGCUGCUCUAGAUCUGAAGAAAAACCUCAAGACUGCACUGGAUCCCAUGAAACAGAAACUGCAAAUAUUCACUGAAGUUAAACAACAGUUUGAGAAUAUUGCAGAACACAUCCGGACUCAAGGUUCCGACACGGAGAUGCAGAUAAAGGCAGAGUUUGCGAAGCUCCACAAGUUCUUGCAAGAUGAAGAAGCGAUAAGUCUAAGUGCGCUAAAGAAAGAAGUGGAUCAAAAGAGCCAGGCAAUGAAGGAGAAGAUAGAAAGCAUCACGAAACUUGCCUCCGCACUUUCAGAAAAAAUCACAGCUAUACAGAAAGUCAUAGAGAGUGAAGACAUCUUGAUCAUAAAGAGGUACAAAGAUGCCAACAGAAGAGCCCAGUGCACACUGGAGGACCCGGAGCUGCCUUCCUGGGGGUCGCUCGUUGAUGUGGCCAAACACCUGAGCAACCUGAAGUUCAGAGUCUGGGAGAAGAUGCUGGAGAUGGUGCAGUACACCCCUGUGAUUCUGGAUCCCAACACGAUGUCCCCCUGGCUCUGUCUGUCAGAUGACCUGACCUGUGUGAGGCUCACUGAAGUUGAACAACAGAUUCCUGAAAACCCAGAGAGGUGUUCCCGUGUCGUAAUGGUAUUGGGCUCAGAGGGUUUUACUUCAGGGAAACACAGCUGGGAGGUGGAGGUGGGGAACAAAUCUGCCUGGACUAUAGGAGUAGUGCAAGAGUCAAUCAACAGAAAGGAGGCCAUUUCAUGCAACCCAGGGAGUGGAUUCUGGGUCCUAGCGCUGAGGAACGGUGAUGAUUACUUUGCAAUUGGAGUUGCUGACCUCAAACUGAAGAGGAAACCCCAGAGGAUCAGAGUACACCUGGACUAUAACAGGGGGGAGGUGUCCUUCUUCAACUCCAGUGACAUGUCACACAUUUACACUUUUAAAGGCAAAUUCACCAAAAAAAUAUUCCCAUAUAUCAAUCCCCGCUACAAUGAUGAUGGCAGAAAUGCUGGGGCCCUGCAGAUCUGUCCAUUGUCUUUAAGAGUGAUGAAAUCCCAUUGAGUGUGUCAUUAAUAAUGAUGCCAUCUCAGUGAGCGUAUUAUUAAUCGUGAUGUCAUCUCAGUGAGUGCAUCAUCUCAGUGAAGGUGCCUGUAACUGAUGUGACCUAAACUAUUAAAACCCGUUGAAGUGGAUUGGAUGGGGCUUUGUAGUCAACAUUUAUUCAUCUAGUAGUCUUUUCACACUUGCAGUGCCCUCUUUUACAGCACCUGCUCUCCAUAGUUUCCUUGCAUGUUGCUAUUGCAGUGUUUGCUGUCCCAUAGCUUUAACUGUUCUGUGAUUUUGUGUGUUUUGUAUCUUGAUGAUCUUGUUUGUAUGUUUCUUGUGUACACUUUGUGAUGUUCUGUCGUGAAUGGUUUUUAUUUCUUUUAAGCCCCGCAAACAAAUUGCCCCAAGGAGAUAAUACAAAUUUGAUUUCUUUUGAUUUGAUUAUCAGUAUGUCUUUUCCCCUUAUCAGUCUGCAGUGCACACAUAAUCUCUAAUAAUCACAUUGAGGUUUAGAUUAUUUGCACUGCAUUGUUGUAAUGACUGAAAUGUAUGGUACCAGCAGAUUCUUGGCAUCAUUCUGAAAAUGAUUAGUUAUGGGAUAAUAUUUAAACUGUACAGAUAUGAGAGGUGUUGGGUAAAAUGCUACCCUUAUGUUACGACCCCUGCCUCUGCUUGCCUGGGUAGUGCAGGUGGAGGAAGUUGUUUAAUUACCUAAUUGCCUGAUUGCCUCCACCUGCCUGUGAGCCAACUUAAGCCCAGCAGUAUGAAGCAAACCGAGAUCUUCUUUCAGGUUUCUUUUGUGUGAUUUGAUUUGUGGUUUUGGGUUUGUAGUUUUUGUGAAGAUCGUUUUGUUUGAACU